AUGACGCGGAUAAAAUGGCUUGUCAAGAAGGUCAUUUAUCUGCUUAAACGGUUCAUUGGGUACCAGCCACCAGUGAAAAAGAAUCCGCUGGAGGCCAAGAGUACCGAAUCCGCUCCUUUGUUAGAGAAGGCACCUACAUCUUCAACUAAUGUACAAAGCCAAGCAAAAACGAAGCUUGACUCUGACGAACUGAAGCAAACGCACCCGUCUAAUGAAAAAGUGACAACCUCCGAGACACAAAGCCAUGCAGAAACAAAUCUUGCUUCUGACGAACUGAAGCGGACGCACUCGUUGAAAGAAAAAGUGGCAACCUCCGACGUCAAGAAUCUCAUCCCUCUUGAGCUCGAUAAAGACGCCAAAGCUCUGUACGACAAAUUGAUCCCGGCAAAAACUCCUUACGGGAUGAUCAAGGUGUUUGCUCUACGUGCCAUUAUACCUUUCUCUCGGAAAUACAAGUUAGUCACUUACCUUCAAGCUUACAUCAAAGCCUGUGAGCAUACCGCUCCAAACAGAAGGGGUGACAAAUGGGGAGUAGAGAUUGCUUAUUCUUUGUUGCAACGCUCUGACAAGCUAAAUGAGUUUGCUGAAAAGCUAGUAAUGAUGGAGAAAGAAGGCAACGAACAGGAAAAGGCCGUUGCCCAACGAAUUCGAUUAGGGCUGAAAGACGUUAAGCACAAGAACGAGGCGAGCAAAAAAGAAUUUGAUAAACUUUUUGGAAGAAAAUCUCAGAUUGAUACUGUCGUUUAG